AUGGUAAAUCGACACCCGUUCUUCAUGCUGCGGUUGCCUAGGGUUUUUCGCUUCUCAAUAUUUGUAUCUGAUAAUAUAUUCCUAUCUUGUUCAUUUCCAGGCUCUUCCAAACCAGCAGACCGUGGAUUACCCUAGCUUUAAACUUGUCAUCGUCGGCGAUGGCGGCACAGGUAUGGUUAGGGUUUAUCUUUAUAUUUGUUGCUUCCUUGGUUACUUUUUUCCGCGAUCUGCUGUUUGUUCGCCUACGACUCGGGUUUUCUCGGGCCGUCGUCGCGUUUUAAGGAACUUGCACGUUCCUUCUCUCGUUUCGUUCAAUCUGGCUUCCCCCUAGUCAAAAAGGAACAUGUCGAUCUCAUUUUCUACCUGGACUAUCCCCUGCUGCAGGAAAGACCACGUUCGUCAAGAGGCAUCUAACAGGAGAGUUCGAGAAGAAAUACGAGCGUAUGUUCCUCUACGACGUAUUCUACUUGCACACUUUUCUAGUGUAAGAUUUUUGAAUGAUUUAUAGAUCUCACUUUAAUACUUUUCUGUGGUCGAUCCCAGCGACCAUCGGUGUCGAAGUCCAUCCUUUGGACUUCUUCACCAAUUGCGGGAAGAUUCGGUUCUACUGUUGGGACACUGCUGGUCAGGAGAAGUUCGGUGGUCUCAGAGAUGGAUAUUAGUGAGUCUUGCGAAUAUUUCUUUCGUUCUCCUCAAUAGCAUUAUUCAGUCUAUCCUUAGAGGCGGCAGUGCCUUUUGCCGUGCUUCAACUUUUUUAUCAGUUCAUUAUCAUUUACGAGAGCUACAGCACUGACUUAUAAGAUCUCAUCUGACGCCGAUGAAGUUACUUUGCUUUAGUGACAAUUUUUUUGAAAGUUUUCAUUGUUUUUGAGGCCACUUAAGUUUCAGUUGUUGCGUCCUCUAUUUACAAUAUCAGCGGAUCUAAUAUUUUUGUUAUCCUCAGUAUCUUACACUGUAUUUAUAAUUUUAUUUCACUGUCCUGUAUCGUAGAGAAUAUUAAAGGCCGGGGAUUCUUUUGAUUACAAACACUGCUGCCGUCAAAAUUCAUAGUUUGCUGGGAUCCAUCACUACGUUUCCUCACGAGUACCACAACGUGACUGAAAUAUAUCUCUCUCUAUACAUUCGAUGGUCUUAUCUGAUAGAAUUUUGAGUUAUAUUGUGUACUACUCCAUAGCUCUCUUCCUUUUCUCUUUCUAGUUCGUGAGAUGGCCGAGUAGAAGAUCCAUCUCGUGUAAAACUAUCAUCUGACGUAUGUUGGUGCUUAACUUCAAACAGUAUUUUUGUUUCAAUGAGUCAUUUGUUCAUAUUUACUUUAUAGUUUGUAUCAUAAGGGAUACCCUUAAUUUCCAGCAAUGAAUAUAAUUAUUUAAUGUUGUUUGAAACCUUUCUCCAUUAAUUAUUUAUAUUUUACUGUGAGAAUAUAGCGUCCAUGUAUUAUUCGGCGACACGAUUGAGAUUACUAUUCUGGUAUGUAAGAGUCACAUGUUUACCGAGAGCAAACAUUAGCUUAUUCAAUUCUGAAAUUUAUGCAUAGCAGCAGAACGUAUUCAUCAAGAUUCAUAGACUAACCUGAUGAUAUUCCGCAGAUCUUAUGUGUUUUCAUCCCAAGACGAGAUUCUCAUGACAAGUUGUUGAUUUCUAGUCCAUCGAUUCAUAGUGUUGACUGAUUUUCUUUAAUUAGUUUUUUAUAUGAUUAGUACCGCGGUAGUUUCUCCAUGACUUCGCAUUGUUUUAAAUCUCACAUGAAAUGGAAGAUGGAACUGAUGAAAGCCACUUGUUGUCAAGAAUGUUGGUUUUUUGUGCCCAUCUCAUUCCCCCUGAAGGUUCCUUGUCGUGCUUUUAGAUCGUUCUUCAGUGCUUGUGUCGAUUAGAUUGGAUAUAAAAUAUCGAAUUUUUCGUGCAGUUGGUUUAUAUUCUGGUGUUUUCUUCCACUGUUGUUCAUCAACCACACAGUGCAUUUGUAGCUGGUUUACAUUUUUUUCCAAGUGGUCCCUUUUAAACGUUGCAGUUUAUCAUGAUUAUCUUAGAGGCAUAGCGAAUAACAUCUUGUAUUGUGCUACAGGCCUUUGCAAAAAAGUAAACACGAAACAUGUGGCUCAAGUUCGAAUUUAAUGCAAUUUUUCACCGCGUUAUUUACCUAAUUACUUGAGUUUGGGUGAAUAUAGAAACAUACUAGGGUUUGUCUACCUAAAACGUUCACAUAACAUCGUUGUUCUUUAAUAAUUUGUGUUUUCCAGAAUUUUCUGAAAUGCCACUGAACUGUAUAGCAUCUGCAGCAGGCUUGCAAUCAAAAGAUGAUUGUGACUGGCAAUUGGAUAAAUGUAUGCUUCUGUGGAUCUCUAUAGCAUUAGGCAGUUUGUAGUGCCUUAUCUCCUUGGUAGUACGUUGAGACCUUACUGGGAGCAGUUUGAGACACUGUUAAAAAUGUGUUUGCACCCACAGAAGGAGAAAGAUCUCCCCUAUUCUUUGAGCUGAGAUAGGACAAGAAUGUUUGAUUAUCUAUCAUAUUAAACAUCCCAUUUGCGUGUCUUUUUAAUCAUGAUGAGUUAACAUUCCACAUAUGGGCGAUUAUUAGGUCUUCGUUGCUUAAAAGGUAUCAUUGUUCGAAAAAAUGGCAAAAAAAAAAGAGCAAAUCCAUUUUCUCUUUUUUCUUAAAAUUGAAAGGGAAUAACUUAUCUUGUUGAUUUGAAAAUUCGAGAGUUUUUUUUCACUUUGCAUUUCUAAAAUAGUUGUCUAACUGUAUACGAGGAUUCCAUGGUUUAGUGAUGUUUACUUGUAAGCUUGUGGAGUAUUUAUUAGCUCCUUGUUUUCCCAUAGAAAGUCAGGGCAGUCUUAGGGCAACUGAGAUUGUUUACCAUUUUAAGUCCUAUUAUAUUUUCCAAGGGAACCAGACUACAGUAUGCUAAAACUUAUGAUGAUUACCUUCUUUUAUUGAAGCAAGGACGCAAAUGAAAACCUCUGGGAUUUCACCCUUUUGGUACUUUUUCUCUCUUUAUAUUCAGAAUCACAUUAUAAACCACGUUACAUCUUAUUUGCAGCAUACAUGGGCAAUGCGCCAUUAUAAUGUUCGAUGUCACUGCUCGCCUGACUUACAAGAAUGUUCCCACGUGGCACAGAGACCUCUGCCGGUCAGUUCAGACAACAGCUUCCCUUGAGAUUAAUCUUAAAUGUGAUGCCUUCUCUUUGCGACACUUGACACCGGCUUCAUUCUGUUGCUCACUGGAAACAGAGUGUGCGAGAACAUCCCCAUUGUUCUAUGCGGAAACAAGGUUGACGUGAAGAACAGGCAAGUGAAGGCGAAGAUGGUUACCUUCCACAGGAAGAAGAAUCUCCAGUACUAUGAGAUCUCCGCGAAGAGCAACUACAAUUUUGAGAAGCCUUUCCUCUACCUUGCCAGAAAGCUUGCCGGGUAACACCUCGAUUUUUAUCUUAGUCUGGUACUCUUACCUAGCCUGUUUCCCGGCUACACGCUUAUUCCAAUCUGCUUCGUCCUCCUUCCAGCGAUCCGAACCUACAUUUCGUCGAAUCACCUGCUCUUGCUCCACCAGAAGUCCAGAUCGACAUGGCUGCUCAGCAACAGUAAGAGAAAAAAAUAAAAUUAGACCCUCUUUUACGAUAGACACUCUCUUAAUGGAGACGACAGCGCCUGAUAAUUAGACGCUGUGUUGCCUUCACGGAUACCCCGGCUCUGAUUUUUGUCACUUAUUUUCCCGUCUUUUGGCUCCCCUCCACCAUUCACCCUUUCCAUGACGCAGGUACGAGGCUGAGAUUGCCGCUGCCGCCGCGCAGCCCCUCCCUGACGACGACGACGACGCGUUUGAUUAG